AGCCGCCCGUUGCCGCUCUCUUGCCGGCCACGUCUCUGCCCUCUCCCACCCCCGGGGACCCCCCAGGGCCAAUGGGGGUCCCCAGCCGCCGGGACCCCGCCCUCUCCGUGGCCCUGUGGCUGAGCUGGGGGGCGGCUUUGGGGGUGGCCGCCUGUGUUCUGGCCCUGCUGGCCCAGAGCGGGGAGCUCCAGGCCUUGAGGGCUGAGGUGGCCAAGCUGAAGGAGGCCGGGGGGAGCCCCAUGGGGAAGAGACCCCUCCACCAGUCGCAGAGCCUUGGCGAAUCCCCCGUCUGGAGACCCCAGACCCUGUCUCGCCAGAGGAGAGGAGCAGCCCCUACCCAUAGAAACCAGCAGAAGAAGAAGCGCUCUGUGCUACACCUGGCCCCCACCAACAAGACCUCCAGAAAACAUUCCGACGUGACCGAGGUGAUGUGGGUCCCGGCUCUGAGGCAGGGGCGUGCUCUGGAGCCCCACGUCCACGGAGUGCAAGUCAGAGAGACGGGGGUGUAUCUCCUUUACAGCCAGGUGCUGUUUCACGAUGUGACGUUCACCAUGGGUCAAGUGGUGUCCCGGGAAGGCCAGGGAGGAGAGCAGAUCCUGUCCCGAUGUGUCCGCAGCAUGCCUCCGGAUCCCAACCUCGCCUACAACAGCUGCUACAGCGCAGGGGUCUUCCGGCUGCACCGAGGGGACACCGUGAGCCUCGUUAUCCCCCGGGCGGGGGCUUCGUUCGACCUCAGUCCCCACGGCACUUUCCUGGGGCUGGUGAGGCUCUGAGCGGGAAAGGAGGACGGGCGGCGGCGGACAAGAGGAGAGGAAGCCCGGCGCCGGGCAGAUGCAGUGGGCACCAACUGAAGCCCCCCACCACUCCCCUCCCCUCGGAGAUGGGUCUCAGUUUCAAGCCAAAAUUUACCCCCCUCCCGCCCCCUGACCCUUUGGACGACUCUGGGGUGACAAGAGAUUUCAUUUGGACGGACCCGGAGGGAGGAGAGAAGCAGGCCCCAUGGCUGGCCCGGGACCCUGUAGAAUGUAAGCUCGUCGUGGGCAGGGAAUGGGUCUGUUAUGUGGUUCUGUGGUCGUUUCCCAAGCGCUUAGUCCGGUGUUCUGCACCCAGUAAGCGCUCAAUAAAUACCACUGAUUUCUGGAUGGGUUGACCCAGGCCCCCAGGUGCCUGGACACCACAAACUCCCCCCAACGUUGUGGGCAACUGGACCAGUAUUGCCCGCUAGCCGCGAGGUACGGAUACCAGGAGACCACCCCCCCUUAUCACGCUAUUUCCCACACUUCCUCGUCUCCGUCUAAGCACCUCGUUCUGCGGUGUCUCUCAAGGCCUCCCUCCUUAACCCAACGGUCUCAUUCCCGGUGUCCCUUGAUAAUAAUAAUAGUAAUAAUGGUUUCUAUUAAGGGCUUACUACGUGCCAGGCACCGUACUGAGCGUUGG